GCUAAAAGUAAGCUUGGGUGUGUCUUCCUCCCCAUAUUCGAUUAAAGCACCAUGGAAGACUCUUGGGGACCCUCUCCCUCACUUGCCUGAUCAUGACAACCUGGAAACUGGAUAACUAAGCUUCAGCCAUGGAUGGCAAAGGACCUUAUCGUAUCUACGACCCUGGUGGGGGGACACAGGAGGAAGCAUCAGCUGCCUUCGAACGGCUGGUGGAAGAAAAUACCAGGCUGAACAAGAAGAUGCAGGGGAUUAAAUCUUUAGGGGAGCUAUUGGAAGAGUCUCAGUUAGAAGCGUCCAGAUUGCGUCAGAAAGUGGAGGACCUAGUGAAGGACAAUGAAACGCUAAGGUCGACCUCCUCUCUUGACAAACUUGCUGAAAUAGCAGGAGGGAUCCCAGAUCUCUGUUCUUCCCCAGAGGUUUCAUGUGAAGAUCUGAAGGAGCUGGAAAAAGCCACACAGAAGCCAUCCUCCAGUGGAUCAUCCUCUGAAUUCGAAAUUGUUGGUGCUGAAGAGAAGAAGUCCUCUCAAGGGAGCAGCAGAAAAUCUGACCUAGAGAACGAGGACACCAACCUUAUGCUCCACCUCCAGCGCUUGGAGAACACGCUCAGCCUCUUUGCUGAGGAGUCCGACAAAACUCAGCUCUUUGCCCAUCUGGGGCGCAUGGCUCUGGAGUUCAACCGCCUGGCCUCCAAGGUGCACAAGAACGAACAGAGGACUUCCAUUCUUCAGGUCCGAGGGCUGCUGGCGCUGUGUGAGCAGUUGCGGAAUGAGAAUGAGGAGCUCAGGGCGAAGUUGGAGAAGGAGUUAGAGCAACGGAACCAGAUCUCAGAGAAGCUGAGGUGUGAGAAUCUGGAGCUCAGGAAGAUGGUGGUAGGCAGCAAAGAAGGCCUGAAAGCUGAAGGCACAGAAUAUGCUGGUCAGCAACAGAAGGGAGCCACGGAGGAGAAAGCAAUGGGGAAAAGCAUGCUGGGGACAAGUGAGAAGAAAGUGAAGAUACUUGAGCAUCAGCGAAAUGAGCUGCUGGAGGUGAAUAAGCAGUGGGACCAUCAUUUCCGGUCCAUGAAGCAGCAGUAUGAGCAGAAGAUAACAGAUCUACGGCAGAAGCUUGCUGAUUCCCAGAAGGCACUGGGGGAGUUGGAGGCCGAACGGGAGCAGAAGCAGAGGGAUUUUGACCGCAAGCUGCUUCUGGCCAAAUCCAAGAUUGAAGAGGAGGAGGCUGAAAAGGAGAGACUUAUUAGGGAGAUGAAGGACCUCAAACAGAGGGUGAAGUUCCUUCAGGAUCAGUUGGCGCCCGUCACCAGGCAAAGGGAGUACCAGGAGAAGGAGAUUCUCCGGCUAAAUAAGGCUUUAGAAGAGGCCCUGAAUUUUCAAGCCUCUCCUCCUUCCCCUUCUGCCUUCAACAGCCCCAUUGAUCCCAGCGCGAGUAUCCGGCAUCAGGAGGUGGCAACACAGAAUGAGCUCCUGAAACAGCAGGUGAAGAUCUUUGAGGAGGACUUCCAGCGGGAGCGGAGUGACAGGGAGAGGAUGAAUGAGGAGAAGGAAGAGCUGAAGCAGCAGCUGGAGAAGGUUCAGAAGCAGUUAAUGCUCACUGGCAACCAGCUGCGCAUUCUUAAAGAGGACUACCAUAAAGAGAAGGAAGAGAAGGACAAGUUCAAGAAACUGCUAAAGCAGCACAAACAGCAUUCUGGUGACAGACUGCACCCAGAGCCACAGCCGGGACCCGUGCCCCCCGUCUGCCCCAUGUACCCGUUCCAGUACACCCCGCCAGCACAGCCACACAUGUAUCAUGGUUACGAGGAUUGGCAGCAGAUCCGCUACCCACCAUCAGCAAUGGCAAAUGAGCGUCCUCCGGUUCAGAACUACCACCGUUUCCCUCCUCCAGAAUAUACCUGGUAUCCACCCUGCGUUAUGUCACAGAAUCAGAAUUCCCAAGCAGUGGAAGGUGUGAAACAGCUCUCCAAGGAACCUGACCCAGCAGCUCUUGGGUUGCCUAAAAACCAAAGGCCUGCUUAACUCUGUGGUGAUGUGUGUGCACAUAAGCAUCAAAAGCGGAGUUGCAAUUUGCACGUGAACCUGCAUGUACAGAUAACCUCCUUGCGCUUCUGGACACUAUUCCCAUUUAUUUGUGUAUUUGGGAUGUAUACACUUGGAUGCUUGAGAGAAUAGUGGCUUUAGCUGGAUUUUCUGAAGACAUGUGGCAUGUGCUGCCAAGGAGUGACCAGUGACCCAGUCCUUUUUGGGAAAUCACCAGGAGAAAAACUCUGCCUGGGUCUCUCUUUUUCUCUCAGUGUUUUGGAUCAGACCCUUUUUUCUCUCCACCUGCUGUCAAGGGUUCAGUUACAAGGAGGCAGCUCUCAGACUCCAGUAGCCGACACU